CACAGUUCAUCUAUUUUUUCCUGUUAUUUCAAGAUAUAGCAUCAAAACUGAGGCAGAUCCAAGAAAAAGGUGGACCACACAUUGGGGAUUAAACUCUUACCAUUGAAAACUUCUUGGGGCCACAGAAGUUUUGAAUCGAGCUGAUAUUCAGUGGGUCCUAAGAAAGUUUGAACAGCGAGCAUCAUCAUCACUGCUGCUUCUUAAGGUGUGGCUCAAUUGAGUCUUGGAAUCUACCUAACUUUUGGUCUUAUUCUGUAAAACCCCGCAACGAAAUGGAUGAACGGUGUGGAUAAACCCAUACAUCACGGUAGCCAGGAAGCCACUCAGAGCUCCUGCUCAAUAAUCCAACUGUGGGCCCCACCAUGAAUUUCGUCAAAAGUUCAGUGGAGGAUUUACCUCUCACAAGACGACCUGAGAAGAGUCUUUUUUAGAUUGAAGUAGCUAAACAAAAGAAGAAAAAGAAAGAAGAGAAAAAAAUGUAUGUGACACGGCCUCGUUCGAUCUACACAAAAUCUCCAGGAGCGGCCACUGAGCCACCGCCGGAAGGCCCGAAUUCGGGUUAUCUAACGUACAUGGAUGAAGAAUCAGAGGCGGAGAGGACGUGUUGUUGGGGAACUUGUAGAAGUGAUCGUGUUAAGAGCCUCCCGUUUCCUCAGAAUAAGAUCCUCACCGUCGAAUACAUACAACAUCCCGUACAGCAGAAGGUUACUAUUGUCUCCAACAAGGCCCUCUUCAUUCCAGUUCUUGAUCAGCCAUUGUCUUCUAAUCGGUACUAUGUUAUAAAUGCAGAUGCGAAAUUCAAAGGGAAAGCACAUACAUGCUCGAGGGAGGCGGACGUGGGCACUUGCUGUUUCUCCAGACGCAUCAUAGACAAAAACCCACAAGAUUUCGACCACAGAGAUGUAUAUCAACAGGUAGAGAUCCGCAGCUGCCGCAGUGGUGGCUACAUUGCUAAGUCUGUAGCUCCAGAUGGGUUCCCUCCAGUUUUCCUGAGGAGAAAAGGUUGGAAGAUUUACACAUGGACUCCUGUCCAUCGCCAACUAGGCGAAGCUCAUGGCGCCAACGCCGCUCUCCACAUGCGCCUACCAGAAUUCGACUUCCCGAUCUCUUCUAAGCGCUCGGCGAGCAUUGUUGUGGGGAAAUGGUAUUGUCCUUUCAUGUUCAUUAAGGAAGCAUAUAGUUUAAAAUUUCAAAUGGAGAGGUCUAUGUUCUAUGAAAUGCACCUCGAGCGGUUAUGGGAAGAGAUUCAUACAUGUGAGAACGAUGGGAACGAAGGAAAUGUUGUUGUUGUGAGUGCGACAAUACGAAGCGAGUCGGCAAAAAUUUUCGGGGUAGAAACCGUGCAAGAGGAUGCAGGUGUGGUUGAUGGGAUGAUGUGGUUGCGUGGGCCGCUUACUAGCAUGGAAGAGAGGAUGAGUGUGGGAUUGAAUAUGGGAAUUGUGGAUAGAAUGAAAUGGGAAGCUUGUAAAGGAGGUUGGAUUGAUGGGAAAGAAAGGGAUGUGAAGGUAGAGAAGGUGGAGGAAUUUGGAGGGAAGAGGGAAUGGAGGAAGUUUGGUUGUUAUGUGUUGGUGGAGAGGUUUGCUCUGAAAAGGAUGGAUGGGAGUUCAGUGCUUGAUUAUGAUUUUAGGCACACCCAUGUAGUUCAAUCUAAAUGGGAAUGAUAAAAUUUCUCAUGUCAUUGUGUUGGAUAUUCUAUUUCAUAUGUAUUAUUUUUUAAAUGAUGUGUGAAGUAAACAAGGAAGAAUUUUUUUGAAUUUGAUUGAAUCAUUCAAAAAAAUUUAGAAUUUGUUUGA